UCCGCUGGCGCGUGGUUUCCGGAGCGGAUCGGAACCCGGAGCGCGGAUCCGAUCCGGGUCUGGCCAUUCCCAGGGCAGGUUUAAGAAAAUGGCUGAAGAUGGCACCGAGGAGAUUGUGUUUAUUUGGUGCGAGGACUGUGGGCAGUACCAUGAUUCAGAGUGUCCUGAGCUGGGCCCAGUGGUGACAGUCAAAGACUCCUUUGUGUUGAGCAGGGCAAGAUCAUCUCUGCCUUCUAAUUUGGAGAUAAGACAACUGGAGGAUGGGACUGAGGGUGUGUUUGCUCUGACUCAGCUGGUGAAACGUACCCAGUUUGGCCCCUUUGAAUCCAAGAGAGUUCUCAAGCUGGAGAAAGAAUCAAUUUUUCCCCUGAAGGUGUUCCAGAAGGAAGGUCCCCUGGUGUAUUUUGACACCACAAACGAAGAUGACUGCAAUUGGAUGAUGAUGGUGCGCCCAGCCACUGAGUAUGAGCAUCAAAACUUAACUGCCUUCCAGCAUGACAAUGACAUUUACUUCACCACCUGCCAGGACAUCCCCCCAGGAACUGAGCUGCGAGUGUGGUAUGCAGCUUUUUACGCCAAAAAAAUGGAAAAGCCAGUGCUGAAGCAGGUCACUAGUGUUGCCAAUGAUACAUCCUUGGUAGCAAUGGAAUCUGAUAAAGAAGGGGAUAAUAACGUCUCUCCAAAACCUUCAUCUGCUGUCUUACCCCAUAAAAAAACCAAGAGAUCCAGCAUACCAGCAGCUGAUCCAGCAGUGAACACUCCAGAAGGCAGUGGAACAGCAGAAGCAAAGCCCAACCAGUGGACGUGUAAAGUGUGUUCAUCUGCUUUCCAAGAGCCCCAGCUGCUGACAGAGCACUUGCUGAGUCACCUGGAGCAAGCCAAAUGUGCCCCCCCAAGCAGCCAAAAUGAUGCUGAGAAAGCAGAGAAAGCAGCAGAGGCUGUGCCAGCAGAUCAAGCAGUGGCAAGUGAUGCAGCCAGUGCCAGCACAGACUCGAGGAGAAAGGCCAGGAGGGGAAGAAAAGCCAAAACAACAAAAGUAGAAACACCUCUUAUCAUUGAUGAAGAGAAAGAUUCUGCAGUGGAACGUGUGGCUGAUGCUGUCACUGAGGUCCCUCCAGAGGAUGUGGCCCUGCCUCCAGCUCCAGAUGAGAGGAUUAUGGAUCUGGUUCUAGGAAAGAUGCCCAGCACCACAAACAGCAUCAGCUCAGUGACAAAUAGGUUUGCUCAUCACCAAAACACCAUGUCCCUCAAAAGAAGUUUAAUUCUCUCCAGUAGACACGGGAUUCGGCGGAAGCUGAUAAAGCAGCUGGGGGAGCACAAGAGGGUCUAUCAGUGCAGCAUCUGCAGUAAGAUCUUCCAGAACAGCAGCAACCUCAGCAGGCACAUCCGUUCUCAUGGUGACAAACUGUUUAAAUGUGAGGAAUGUGCAAAGCUGUUCAGCAGGAAGGAGAGCUUGAAGCAGCACGUUUCAUACAAGCACAGCAGGAACGAAGUGGACAGUGAGUACAGAUACAAGUGCACCACGUGUGAAAAGGCCUUUCGGAUAGAGAGUGCAUUGGAAUUCCACAACUGUAGGACAGAUGACAAGACAUUCCAGUGUGAGAUGUGUUUCAGAUUCUUCUCUACAAACAGCAACCUUUCAAAACACAAGAAAAAACACGGGGAUAAGAAGUUUGCAUGUGAGAUCUGCAAUAAGAUGUUCUACAGGAAGGAUGUCAUGCUGGACCAUCAAAGGCGGCACUUGGAAGGGGUGAGGCGUGUGAAGAGGGAAGACUUUGAGCACAGCACGGAGAACAUGGUUCGCUACAAGAAGGAGCCCUCGGGGUGCCCUGUGUGUGGGAAGGUAUUUUCAUGUAGGAGCAACAUGAACAAACACCUUCUAACACAUGGAGACAAGAAAUACACGUGUGAGAUCUGUGGACGUAAAUUUUUCAGGGUGGAUGUGUUGAGAGAUCAUAUUCAUGUCCAUUUUAAGGACAUAGCCCUGAUGGAUGAUCACCAGAGGGAAGAGUUCAUUGGUAAAAUUGGAAUCUCAUCAGAGGAAAAUGACGACAACUCUGAUGAAAGUGCAGAUUCAGAGCCUCACAAGUAUAGCUGCAAAAGGUGCCAGCUGACCUUUGGCAGAGGGAAGGAGUACCUGAAGCACAUCAUGGACGUGCACAAGGAGAAGGGUUACGGCUGCAGCAUCUGCAACCGGCGCUUCGCCUUGAAGGCCACGUACCACGCGCACAUGGUCAUCCACAGGGAGAACCUGCCCGACCCUAAUGUGCAGAAAUAUAUCCAUCCAUGUGAAAUCUGUGGGAGGAUUUUUAACAGUAUAGGAAAUCUGGAAAGACAUAAGCUUAUACAUACAGGUGUAAAAAGUCAUGCUUGUGAGCAAUGUGGCAAAUCAUUUGCUAGAAAAGACAUGUUAAAAGAACAUAUGCGAGUCCAUGAUAAUAUCCGAGAAUACUUGUGUGCAGAGUGUGGCAAAGGAAUGAAGACAAAACAUGCCCUUCGUCACCACAUGAAGCUUCACAAAGGGAUUAAGGAAUACGAGUGCAAGGAAUGUCACCGAAAAUUUGCACAGAAAGUCAACAUGCUGAAGCAUUACAAGAGACACACAGGAAUCAAAGAUUUCAUGUGUGAGCUCUGUGGCAAGACGUUCAGCGAGAGAAAUACAAUGGAGACUCACAAGUUGAUUCAUACAGUAGGAAAACAGUGGACGUGUUCAGUGUGUGAUAAGAAGUAUGUCACUGAUUACAUGCUGCAGAAGCACAUCCAGCUCACCCAUGACAAGGUGGAAGCCCAGAGCUGUCAGCUGUGUGGAACAAAAGUUUCUACCAGGGCGUCCAUGAGUCGACACAUGAGGCGUAAACACCCAGAGAUUCUUUCAGUGAGGAUUGAUGAUUUAGAGCCGAUGCCAGAGACGACGACCAUUGAUGCCUCUUCAAUUGGGAUUGUUCAGCCGGAAUUAGCCUUGGAACAGGGUGAACUACCAGAAGGGAAGCAGCACGUAAAAACUCCUAAACGUGGCCAGAAACAAAAACAGAAGUCAGGUGAGGAGGAGGAAGCUCAAGUGCCUGAGGACCCUGCCUUCAGUGAAUACACAGAGAAGGAAGGAGAAUUCACAGGGAAUGUUGGAGAUGAGACUAAUUCAGCUGUACAGAGCAUCCAACAGGUGGUGGUGACCCUCAGCGACCCAAACGUCACAGCCCCCUCCAGCUCCGUGGGGCUCACCAACAUCACCGUCACCCCCAUCACCACGGCAGCCGGCAGCCAGUUCACCAACCUGCAGCCCGUGGCCGUGGGCCACCUGAGCGCCCCGGAGCGCCAGCUGCAGCUGGACAACUCCAUCCUGACCGUCACCUUCGACACGGUCAGCGGCUCGGCCAUGCUGCACAACCGCCAGAGCGACCUUCAGCUGCCGCCGCAGCCCGAGGCGCCCAACCCCCAGUCCGUGGCCCAUUUCAUUAACCUGACCACCCUGGUGAACUCCAUUGCUCCCCUGGGGAACCAGAUGACAGAACAGCACCCCCUGAGCUGGAGGUCAGUGCCUCAGACUGAUGUCCUGCAGCCGCCGGCGCCGGCCGCGCCGCAGCAGCCGGGCCAGCAGCCCGUUCCCACAGAGCAGCAGCAGCAGCAGAUGUACAGCUACUAAUUUAUACCUGGGGAAGUGCUGGCAUGGACAGUGCUCAGAGACACACACAAAAAAAAUAAACCCCACACAGACCUUUGGAAAAUUUCUAAUAGGAUUGUUUGCUGGAUACCAAACAGAGAUGGGAAAAUGUUUAUACGUUGAAAUUUAAGCUGAAAUUGGUAGAUCACCCUGCAACACCCUGGUCUGAGAUUCUCGUGCAGUCUUUAGACCUUGCACUGUCUUAAAAAAAUAACAGGGGAAAAAACCCAAAAUCUCACCACAAAUUUAGCAGCCCCUUGCAGUUGUGCACUAGGAUUGAGAUUUGACAGGUGCAUCAUCACACACCUUAACCACAGCAGGGAAAUCCUAAAUCUUGCAGCACUUGUGUACAUCACUUUGUGAUGUACAAAAAAACCCUUUCAGCCAUACCAUGUCACUUCUUUCCAAGUCUGGAAAUGACAUCUGAAGACCUUGUUCACAGUGGGUGGAAUGUCCUUGUGGUCAGCUGGAAAAGACUGAAAUGUGAAGACACAAAGGGGCUAAACAAGAAUUGUCUUUGUUUCUUCUCUUCUUUAAGUCUUGUAUCUAACAACAUCGGUAAAGUAGGUGGAAUCUGGGGUUUUGGGGUGGGCAUGAGUGUGGUGUGGAAGAAAGUAUUACCAAUUAUUUCCAUUUUAGUCAUGGGAAAAGCCCUGUACCCAUCAGACAGUGUUAGUGCUACUUGAACCAGAGAGCUGGGCUAAUGCUGAAGCAAACUUCUAUGGUCUUCUAGUCAAGUUUCAAUCAAACCAAUUACAAACUGAAAGAAGAAUGUGAUACAGUUUUAUGUAAUUUUUCAAACCUGCUCUUUCAAUCUUGCUUUUAGCUAAUAGGCCUGAAGAGCAAUUAGUCCCCUUUGAUGAAGUUCAGGAUGUGAAUUUUUUUCAAUUAGACUUAUUACAUUGUGUAAUAAACAUUUGAGAAAGCAUUCUUUUUAUAUAUAUAUACAUAUACAUAUAUAUAUAUAUAGCCUUUGUAUUUUACUGUGUGUUCCUGGUGAAUAUUUGUGUGAAAAACACUGUUACCAACACAAUCCAUGAAUUUUUUCAUGCCCAUGUUGCCCCUUCUCAUGGAAAAAAAAUAUGGCUUCUGUUCCUUCUGUUUCCAAAAUUUAUUUCCCAAGUUCACAGCCACACACAAGGUUGUGUGAAGUGCAAGAAAAAGAAAAAGGAAUGUCUGAAGCAUAUUCUGUGUCCUGCCACAUGGAGUCAGUGUGCCCCAGUGUAUAAUGGGUGAGGUUUGCAUGACUGCUGGGGAUGCAAAUUGUGGGUUGGUCAAACACAUCUUUGCUGACAGUGCCCCUUCAUUUCAUUCUCCAUCCAUGGAUGUGCAGUCUGGACUUUUGCAUGUCAAGAAGAUAGUAAUAUUCCCACAGGGAAAAUGAGCUGAUGGCAAAAAGGAAUAAACUAAAUAUAUAUAUGUAUAUAUGCAUAUAUAUAUAUAUAUAUAUAAAAUAUUGUUGCUUGGAAUCCUGAAGGGGAAACCCAUCUGUGGCUGAAGAACAAGGUCCUUUGGGGCAGCAGACUGAGCCACAGAACUGUGCUGAAGGGUUUAUUUUUUCCUGAGGAUGAAGCAGCUGCUGUGUCUGACAGUGAGGAUGGAUUGGUGGUUGUAAAAAUCCUGUCUGUGCCUAUGGUAUUUAUGAAAAAGUUGUAUGUUUUAGCAAAAAUACGAGUAGGAACGACUUCAGCUUUGAAAGUCUCUAUUAACACGGACUACUUCACCCCUAAAGGUUGCCUUAUAAUCUCUACAACAAAUUCUCCCAAAGUAUAAAUGUCUGGAUAUUAAAAUGAACCUCCAGUGGUUUUCUUGGUGCUGUGGCCAGAGGCUUGGUAUAGCAGGCUUUGUGUAAAGCUGCAGGACAUGGACUGGAAAGGGAUUUCUGGGGACAGAUUUUGUGUGGCAGAAGAGCAGAACUGUUUUUAUUUAAAUGUCAUCUGGUCCAUAAAAUACCUGCAUGAGAGGGACCAGUAUUUGAUGGGACAAGGAUGCAUAUCAGAAAGAAAGGAACCUUUCAGCAGUGUGGGAAAGAGAAUUUUUCAUUCCCUACCCACUUUUGUCUUCCUUAGGUACUUCUCACACAAAUACUCUGAGAUCCUGUAAUUUUUUUGGCCUCCUGACAUCCUGAGUACAGUUCCUGGAUUAUUUCACCACUGCCUUGAGCUAGUUCAGUUUCUACUCAGCUGUCCUGUCCACAAAUGCUUGUGUUUCACACCAAACCACUGGGCAAGAGGAAGCCAGGUUUUAUUUAUGAAAUAUAUUGUUUAUGUACUUGAAACUUUUUUUCUUCCCCCUGUGUUUGGUGCCUAAUUGGUAAAGGCACAUUAUCUUUUGGCAGGGUACUAUGGAAAAAGGGGAAAAAAAGGGAAGGAAAGCAAAUGGAGAGCUCCUAGGUUGAGUUGUUAUGGUAAAUACAGAAUUUUUACACAAUCAAAGUGUUUUUGAGACACAUAUAAAUAGUGAUUAGGCUUGUAAUUGGGGAGGAAGAGGUGUUUUGCCUUAGCAGAGCAGAUGAACUCUUAUGUUGAUACUGACAGUGGCAUUUGUGCUGCAUUGAAUCAACCUGCAUUUAACAUUUAAUUUCCUGUUUGAUAAGAGGAAAUCAACCUUUAGAGACCUCUCUGGCUUCACAAAAUCUCUAUCCUAAUGUGAUACCCUGGUCUUCUGUACUCUUAUGGGGUUUGGCAUCCCUUCUGUGCUACCUGGCCUCAAUAACCUCACCCAGGCAAUAGGAUCUUGCCUUUCUGGCAGUGAUUCCAGGUGAUUUUAGAAGGAAUGUUCCCUCAGUAAGUACUUGCAUGCUGGUUUUCAUUUGGAAAUGUCCCUCUUCAAUUUCUCAGCAUCCCCAAAAUCAUAGAACAGCCCAGGCUGGAAGGCACCUCAAAAGAUGAUUGAUCUGGUCCAGCCUUUUUUUUGGGGGGAAAGGAAGCAUAGGUGAGGUGAUGGAAUCAUAAAAUCACCAUUAACCACCAUCCUGUCUAAUUGCCUCUUUUAAACCUGCAGUGACACAACUCUGGGAAGGUUGUUGUAGUGGGUGAUUGUUCUUCCUGUAAAAAUUACCUUAAAUAAUGUUCAGGAGAGGAAAAUAUAACCACUGGGAAGGCUUUGGUUAGGCCAGGCAACAGAAAGCUCUCUAAAAGUUGAUCUUCCCAGAGCACUCCUUUGAGAUGGUGCCUCAUCAUCUCCCAACAUGAUUUUAUUAUUACUCCUGUUAUUAACAUCCCUAUGAGAAAACAACUGUAUCUUGGGUGUGCUGCACCAUGGGGAAAAAAAGAAAUCCAGGACAAAUUACUCUGUUUGCUUUUUGUUUCAAAUUGUUUUGUUUGGAGAUGUUGGAAAUUGCUGCCUUUUCAGACAGAGCUUCCCUUGGACAAGCAGCAACUGCUCUCCCAACUAAGCCUUUUCCAGGUGAAUACCAAAGUUGUACUGAUGCUGUUUUCAAACUGCAUAAGAAAUAAAACCACUCCAUAAGGGAUGUGCAAUCUAAAUUUCCUCUGCCAAUUUGUUCCUUGCCUUUUCAGCUGUAGGAUGUGAAGGCUUUAUUGUUUUCAGCCACCUGUUGGAGGUUUUUGCAUAACAACUGUUCAGUCACAAACUGGAAUUACUUUGAGCCAAAGGAGUGAUGUUGUGUGGUGUUCUGUGUAUUGUCAUUGUUUAUUGCUAAGACUAUUAUUUAAUUGAAUGCUGUCUGUGGCACACUGGGCUCUGAAGUAAAGGAGCAUCGAGGUACAGAA